AUGGUUCCUAUUGCAACCUCCACCAUCACUUCUUCCGGCUUUGAGCCUGCGGGGUUUUUUUUACCCGACCUCUUCAACGAUUGCUGCUAUCCCCUGCGCAUGAAUCCUCGCUCUCAUCGUGUCUCUCGCGCUUCUGAACAAUGGCUUUUCAACGAGGCGCAUGUUUCAGAGCCCGAAAUUGCCAAAUUGAGGGCCAUCCGCGCAUCUGACUUAAUUGCAUAUUCCUACCCCAAUGCAGAUGCUUCCCAUCUCAGAAUCCCCUUAGACUUCCUAUACUGGGCAUUCAAGUUAGAUGACUACCUCGAUGGCCAUGGUGUUGAUGAUGCGAGGGCAAUGCACCUUAUAGCCUGGGCAAUGCGUGAAUGUUGUAUUUCUGCAUUACGCGAUCCCAUUAACUUCCAGAUGGACAAUCCUGCUGGAAAGAUAUGCAAAUCGAUUUUCAGUCGCUUUAUAGAGACUGCCAGCCCCGGCUGCACCAAGCAGUUUAUCCACACAUUUGACUUGUUCUUCAUUGCUGCAUCUAAGGAAGCAGACAAUCAUGCAAAGGGACAUAACCACAACCUUGAAUCCUACACCACCCUGAGGUGGGACUUGUCUGGCUGUAAAUCUUUCUUUGUCUUCAUCAAAUAUGCAGCUCGAAUGGAUCUCCCAGACGAAGUAGUAUCGCACCCAAUGAUCAUGGCGAUGGAGGACGCCACCAAUGAUUUUAUUAGUUGGUCCAAUGAUAUUUGCUCUUACAAUAAAGAGCAAUCGGACUGUGACACAUAUUCCAAUCUAAUUGCUGUCCUCAUGCACGAGCGAGGCCUAGACUUGCAAGGCGCUGCCGACUACUCUGGUAAGCUGUGUAAGAGUGUCAUCCAGCGCUUUGAAGACAGCCAUGCUACCCUGCCCUCAUGGGGAGAAGAGGUCGAUAAGCAGGUAGCUAUCUACAUUCAAGGAUUACAGGACCUGAUGGUCGGUUCACUGCACUGGUACUUUGAUUCUGCUCGCUACUUUGGGAAGGAUGGGCAGACUGUGAAGCAAGACCGAUUCAUCAAGCUACUUCCCCAAAGGCCCUUGUAG